AUGCAUAAGGCGGGGUUGCUGUUGGGCGGCUGUGUCCGGUCCUGGAAGUCGGUGCGGAUGGCCAGCUCCAGGGUGGCGCGCCGGGACCUGCUCGCGAAUAAGGUGGCCCUGGUAACGGCCUCCACCGACGGGAUCGGCUUGGCCAUCGCUAGGCGGCUGGCCCAGGAUGGGGCCCACGUGGUGGUCAGCAGCCGGAAGCAGCAGAACGUGGACCGGGCAGUGGCAGCGCUGCAGGGGGAGGGGCUGAGCGUGACGGGCACCGUGUGCCACGUGGGGAAGGCUGAGGACCGGGAGCGGCUGGUGACCACGGCCGUGAAGCAUUAUGGGGGCAUCGACAUCCUGGUCUCCAACGCUGCUGUCAACCCUUUCUUCGGAAACCUCAUGGACGUCACCGAGGAGGUGUGGGACAAGAUUCUGGACAUUAAUGUGAAGGCUACAGCCCUGAUGACAAAGGCAGUGGUGCCGGAGAUGGAGAAACGAGGAGGUGGCUCCGUGGUGAUUGUGGCCUCCAUAGCAGCCUACACCCCUUUUCCUGGCCUGGGCCCUUACAAUGUCAGUAAGACAGCCUUGCUGGGCCUCGGCAAGAACCUGGCCAUAGAACUGGCCCAGAGUAACAUAAGGGUGAACUGCCUGGCGCCUGGAAUCAUCAAGACUAACUUCAGCCAAGUGGUGUUCGGUGGACACUGA